UUGCAUCCUCUCCAACCACUUGGACACCCUCAGCUUCUACAGAAGAAGGGCCACAAGAGUCAACAAAAUGAAGGCUCUGCUGUGCAGUCUUAUCCUUGGUCUGCUUGUUGCCAGUCAAGGUGAUGCUCAGAUAGACGCCUCUCAGUUCACAGGAAGAUGGUUAACCCAUUACAUUGCAGCUGAUAACGUAGAGAAGAUCACCGAGGGCGUGCCAUUUCACAUUUUCAUGCGUUACAUUGAGUUUGAUGAAGAAAAUGGCACGGUACAUUUCCACUUUUAUAUCAAGAAGAAUGGACAAUGCAUAGAAAAAUAUACCUCAGGCCUAAAGGAAGAAACCCAUUAUGCUAUUGACUACGCGGGUCACAAUGAAUUUCAACUCAUUAGUGGGGACAAGGACUAUCUCAUAGCACGUGAUCUCAACGUGGAUGCAGAUGGCAAGGAGACAGAACUGGUGGGAUUAUUUGGCGCAGGAAAUAAUGUUGAUCCAAAGCACGAAGAGGAGUUCAGAAAUGCAGUGAGAGAAAGAGGGAUUCCAGAAGAAAAUAUCCGGAAUUUCAUCGAUAAUGAUGACUGUCCAGAGGAGUGAAAACCAGUGACUCUGAUAUUUUAAAGAGUCACCGAGACCAGACACGUCCUCGUCUCCGUGGAAUCAAGAUCAACGACAUGAAGACGACUUUCCUGGUUCCUGAUUAACAUGAUCCUGCUCUCUUCACGCUCACAAUCCCUCUCCCAUCUCAUCUCUCCUUCUCAUUAAAUCAUGUCCUCACUGGUGUUAUUUGAUUGCGGAGGGUUUAAAUAAAUUGAUUUAAUAUCUGCCCUGCAUAUG